GUUUCCAGGUUUCGACAUGGCUGAUGAGAUCAGCAAGGCACAAACCGCAUCUCCCGGGGGAGAUACUAUAUUUGGGAAGAUUAUAAGAAAGGAGAUCCCUACUAAGUUCAUUUAUGAAGAUGAGCAGUGUGUUGCAUUUCAUGAUGUCUCCCCACAGGCACCUAUCCAUUUCCUUGUCCUACCUAAGAAACCUAUAGUGCAGCUGUCAAAGAGUGACGAUUCAGACGAGCAGCUUUUGGGGCAUCUGUUAUGUGUGGCGAGGAAGGUAGCUGUACAAGAGAAACUGGAUGCUGGAUUCCGAGUCAUCAUCAACGAUGGUAAAAAUGGUGGUCAAUCAGUGUACCACUUACACGUACAUGUGCUAGGAGGACGUCAAAUGGGAUGGCCACCAGGCUAA